AAUCGUUCUCAACCGAAACGGCUACAUGUGAGACUCAAGUGCUGUUGUUUUGAAGAAGAUGGACGGCUCUUCACCCAGUCUGAAAACACUGCUACUGCUGGCAUGAGAUGGAGUCAUAGAGUUCCUUUCUCUCUGGGAUGGAGCGUGUCUUCAGCUAUCAGGCAUGGUUUCCUCUGGAGAGAGAAUUUGACCGUGCAGUUGCUUCCAGAGCAGAAAAAAGAGAAGAACUGAGAGGGCGAAACAAUGUCACCUCGUGCCGGAGUCCUCCAAGAGAACGCACCGGCCUCAUCAAGACUGAGUUGAGAAAGAAGAGGCAACAGGAGUUUCUGAGGAGAAGAUCGUUCAGCCCAGAGAGGCAAACCUCAAGAGGGAGCGACGAGGUUUUUCAAGUCAUGCCUCACAGUUCCAGCCGCAGCUCAGGCACGUCACAGAUGGAAGAGUCUUCACCUCCCGAUCGUAGUAAAUGGGCAUCGCUGUGGUUUGACCAGGAAGUUCAGCAAGUCCAAACAUCUACCUCGUACAGCAUCACACAGACCACCAGGAUGGCCUCAGUUGCAAGCACAAAUGUAGCGUCUGAAAGUGAAAACAAUCUCCUGAGAAUGCGAGAUUCCAGUGUUCAGACCGAUAGUGGUUUCAUCACCAUCCAGGAAUCACAUGUUCAACAGUUAGCUGAGUAUUUGAAGGAGGCGCUGUGGAGAGAAGAAGCGGUGAAGCAGAAGCUGGUCCGGCUGCAGAAGAGCACAUCAAACCUCAUCCAGUCUUCUGAUGAAGUUUGGACGACUCAUUGCAGCGAACAUCAGCUCAGAAACAAGGUCAAUGCUCUGGAGGGGCAGCUGCAAGCCUGUCUGCAGAAGUUUCCGAAAGAUGGAGUGAAAAAACUGGUGCUACAGAUGGAGAAGCAAAAGCUACUGUAUGAGCAGAAAGCCACGAUGGCCGUGCAGAAGGCUACGGAGGAGAAGAUGGAGGCCUUGAGUCAAGCUGAAACUCUGCAGGAGGCAUUAGUUUCAUCUAAAGCCGAGUCAGUGAGGUGGCAGGGUCUCUACGAGGAGCAGAGGGAGAACUCUACUCAGCUCAGGAGACACCAGCAGCUUGGCGAGCAGCAGCUGCAGCAACUGCACGGACAGAUGGAGUUGUCCAGGAGCACUGAGGCCGAGCUGACAGAGGAGGUGGUCUCGCUGAGGGAAAAGAGGGAGGAGCUGCAGCUGAAUGUGAGUCAGCUGGAGGAGCACAACCAAGCCUUAGAGGAUCAGGUCCAGUUCAUGAGAGAAAACGUGAAGCUUCAGGAGUCGUUGAUGGAGGGGUUUGAGGAUCUCGAAGGUGAAGUGAGUGUGAAGGAGACAAGACAGUCUCAGCUGCAGGAGCAGCUCCUUUACACUCUGGAGAAGCUCAGGCUGAAGGAGAAGGAGGUGGAGGAACUGCAGUCUGAGCUGCGAGUGCUGGAGCAGGAGUACCAGUCCAGCCAGACCAGACUGUCCCAGUGCAGAGAGGAGCUCCGGCAGAUGAGGCAACGACGUAGCAGAGCACUGGUGUGUGCCACCUGGUGGAAAGUGUACGGCCUCCUCUUCCUGUUGCAGGCCAUCGCUGCGGCGAUCAUGCUGUGGCUCUGGCACCCCCCCUUCAGGGAGCAAGUGGAGGACUUGUACUGGGACAUCGAGGCGCGAGUGGAAGACUACCUCAUGCAGAUGGCUUCUCCACAACAAUCGGGCUGUUUCCGACCCGUGUGAUCUUGAGAGACUUGUUGGUGUUAGUUUAGUCUUCUUCCUUCACCAGCAGCAUGCGGCUGUCAUUGCACUGUAAACACAUCUGACUUUUGAACCAGCUGUCAUUGUUUAUUAAAAAGAAAUCUCA